AUGCCGGUCCCCACAUCAACGACCAGUACGGUCGAUGGCUUUGAGCUGCCUACUCAGUUCGCUCAGACAGCAUCCAAGCUUAUCUUCACUGUCAACAACACCCGCUUCCAGCUCUCUCCUGCCAAAGGCGACGAUCUCGAUCUCACACUUCUCGAGUUCAUUCGAAGCAAAGGCUUCACCGGCACAAAGCUCGGAUGCGGUGAAGGUGGCUGCGGUGCUUGCACCGUCGUCGUUGGCAAGUACGACUCUCAACUAUCCGCCACUCCCUCGUCCUCCUCUUCAAAAGCACCUUACAGAUACAAGUCGGUCAACGCAUGCCUGCUUCCGCUCGUCGCAGUGCAUGGUUGCCACGUGCUCACCGUAGAAGGCAUCGGCUCUUCGUCCAACCCUCACCCAAUCCAAGAGCGCAUCGGAAAGCUCUUUGGCUCGCAAUGCGGUUUCUGCACACCGGGAAUCGUCAUGUCUCUCUACGCUACCGUGCGAAAUGGAUACGGCCAUCUCACCGAAGAAGACAUCGAACAUUCUCUUGACGGCUGUCUCUGCCGCUGCACCGGCUACCGUCCCAUUCUCGAUGCUGCCAAGUCAUUCGCCACCGUCAAAAGCGCCAAGGCUGGCACCAACGGCUCCAGCGCAUCCUCGAGCAACAUCAACAGCGACGAAUCGGACGAGGCAGAGCCCACAACGCCACCCGAGGCUGACCUCUUCACAAAGACGCCCUGUGCAAAGGGCGCAGAUUGCUGCAUGGUCAACGGCAAAUCCAAAGGCUGCGCACCUAGCUCGUCUUCCUCUGCACCAGGUAUUUCCACCACAGCCCACGCCAUCCAAAAGGUGCUCGACCCGACUCAGUUCAAGCCCUACGACGCAGCUUCUGAGCUCAUCUUCCCUCCUUACCUUGCCAAAGACACCUUCGACUCGCAGGAUCUCGCCUUCAUCGAGGAGCACCCAGAGACAGAAGAAUUCGACGGUGAGACCCCGCCAGCCAAACCCACCUCGACACGACAGGUCUGGCUCCGACCAGGCUCUCUUCAGUCUCUUGUGCAGUGCAUGAGGCUUUACGACCUCGAGAGCGGCGGAAAGAUUCGCAGCGGAAACACCGAAACCGGUAUCGAGGUCAAGUUCAAGCAUCUCAGGUACAGCGUCUCCAUCUUCGUCUCGGACCACAUCAAGGACCUCGCCUUGUACAGUUCAGACGAACGUGGUAUCACCGUCGGUGCCAACCUCAGCUUGACCGACCUGGUUCGUCAGCUCAAGGCCGAGCGCCCUGCUUCGACUUACGCCCAGCAGGUCAAGCGCGCCAUCCUCGACAACCUCGCGUACUUUGCCUCGAACCAGAUCAGGAACGUGGCCACCUUGGCGGGUAACAUCGCCACAGCGUCGCCGAUCUCGGAUCUCAACCCUGUUUGGGUGGCUACCGGUGCCGAGCUCUCGUACAUCGACAACACCUCGUCUGAAGAGAAGAGCGUCAACAUGCGCGACUUCUUCCUGGGCUACCGCAAGACCGCUCUGCCCGCGGGCGCUGUCAUCACCAAGCUGUUCGUGCCCUGGUCCGAUGACGCUGGUAGCGUGAUCCAGGCCUUCAAGCAGUCCAAGCGCAAAGACGACGAUAUCGCCAUCGUCAACGCGUGUCUCCGCUUCUCUGUUCGAGACGACGAGAUCACGGAUGCUACGCUGGCCUUCGGAGGUAUGGGUCCGACGACCAUGCAGAGCGUCGAGGUGCAAAAGUUCCUGCAGGGCAAGCAGUUCAGCGCGCCAGAGACGUUGUCGGAGGCACUGCAGAUUCUGGCCAAGCAGGACUUCCCACUCUCGUAUGGCGUUCCGGGUGGUAUGCCCGUCUUCCGAAAGACGCUUGCGCUCGGUUUCUUGACUCGCUUCUGGGGCCUGGCCGCGCCGCGUCUUGGUCUGCCGAAGCUGGCGACGGCGUUGUCCGCGCUGCCGGACCUGGAAGAGCUGGCCACCAGCACGGUGGAUCGACCCGCCACUUCUGGACAGCAGGACCUUGAAAACGUAGCCAUCAAGCAGCCUGUGGGUGACUCGAUCCCCCACCUUUCCGCCAUGAAGCAGGUCACCGGUGAGGCUGUUUACAUUGACGACCUGCCACCGGUCGCCAACGAGCUGCACGCCGGAUUUGUGCUGUCCCAACGCGCUCACGCAAUCUUGAGCAAGGUCGAUGCGACCGAGGCGCUGCAGAUGCCUGGUGUUGUCGACUUUGUCACCUACAAGGAUAUCCCUGAAGGUGGCAGCAAUAUCUGGAACCCGCCCUCGAUGGACGAGACGUUCUUUGCCGAGGACAAGGUCUACACCGUCGGUCAGAUCAUCGGUGUCAUUGUCGCUGAUACCAAACGCAACGCACAGGCUGCAGCUCACAAGGUCAAGAUCGAGUAUGAGGAUCUGCCGCACAUCCUGACCAUCGAACAAGCGAUCGAGGCGGAGAGCUUCUUCCGGCCUCGACCGGUGAUCCAUCGCGGUGAUUCGUCGGAGGAAGGCUGGUCGCAGUACGACCAUGUUCUGGAAGGCGAGACACGUAUGGGAGGUCAGGAGCACUUUUACCUCGAGACCAACGCGUGUCUCGUCAUUCCAGGCAAGGAAGACUCGGAGAUCGAAAUCAUCUCUUCGACGCAGAACCCGUCCGAGACGCAGGUAUUCUGCGCAUCUAUCCUCGGCAUCCCGAACAACCGUGUCGUGACGCGUGUCAAGCGACUAGGUGGUGGUUUCGGAGGCAAGGAAUCGCGCACCAUCGCCUUUGCAGCUCCUCUGACCUUGGCAGCCAAGAAGCUUGGUCAUCCCGUUCGUGUCAUGCUCGACCGCGACGAGGACAUGCUCACCACCGGUCAACGUCAUCCCUUCCUCUGCAAGUGGAAGCUCGCCUUCAGCUCCACCGGCAAACUCGAACGUCUCCACGCACGCGUCUACAACAACGGCGGUUGGAGUCAGGACCUCUCGCAGGCGGUGCUCGAACGUGCCAUGUUCCACAUCGACAACUGCUACAACAUCCCGCACGUCCACGUCGAAGGCUACAUCGCCAAGACCAACACCAUGUCCAACACCGCUUUCCGAGGCUUCGGUGGUCCGCAGGGAAUGUUUUUCACCGAAGACUUUGUCGUCAAGGCAGCGGCGGUCAUCGGUCUUCAGCCGGAGAAGAUGCGAGAGAUGAACAUGUACAGGGAGAACGAGGAGACGCACUUCCGACAGAAGUUGGUCGAUUGGAACGUCCCCACGCUCUGGGAGCAGCUGAAGUCGUCGGGAGAGUUUGAGGCUCGUUCCAAGGAGGUGGAGAAGUUCAAUGCGGAGCACAGGUAUAAGAAGAGGGGUAUCUCGAUGAUCCCGACCAAAUUUGGCAUUUCCUUCACCGCCAUCUUUUUGAACCAGGCGUACGGUGUGGUGCACGUGUACCAUCAUGAUGGCAGCGUACUGUUCUCGCACGGUGGAACAGAGAUGGGGCAGGGACUGCACACCAAGAUGGCGCAAGUCGUAGCUACCGAACUCGACAUCCCCGUUGACAUGGUUCAUCUUACCGAGACCAACACGUCUCAGGCAAGCAACACUUCGGCCACCGCCGCUUCGGCUUCCUCGGAUCUCAACGGUAUGGCGCUCAAGAACGCGUGCGUGCAGAUCAACGGUUCCAUCGCCAGGUUCCGACAGGAAGCUGCUGCGAAAGGUCUUUCUGGAGUCGAAGCUUGGAAGGACACUGUACACGCCGCGUACUUCAACCGUGUUCAGCUGUCUGCUAUUGGACACUACAAGACUCCCGGUAUCGGUUACAACUGGUCGGAUGGAACAGGCACUCCCUUCUUCUACUUCACCCAGGGUGUGGCCAUCUCCGAAGUCGAACUCGACACCAUCACCGGAGACCAUCGCAUCGUCCGAGCCGACGUGCACAUGGACAUUGGUCGAUCUAUCAACCCUUCCAUCGACGUAGGUCAGAUCGAAGGCGCCUUCACGCAAGGCUUCGGUCUGUUCACCAUGGAGGAAACCCUCUACCUCAACAACGGACAGCUGGCCACGCGUGGUCCUGGAAACUACAAGAUCCCCGCUUUCCUGGAUACCCCUACCGACAUGCGAAUCUCCUUCCUCAAGGUUCAGGAUCCAAACAACCCGCGUGUCCUCAAGCACAACAAACACCUCGGUACCAUUCAGAGCAGCAAAGGUAUCGGUGAGCCUCCGCUCUUCUUGGGCAGCUCGGUGUUUUUCGCUCUCAAACACGCGAUCGCCGCCGCGAGAACGCACUACGGAGGUGAAGGCGUCAAGGAUGGCUUCCAUCUGGUGGCUCCAGCUACGGCCGAGAGGAUCAGGGUGGCUAUCAACGAUCCGCUGGUCAGGUUGGCAGAGGAGACAACGCCGAGGAAGGAUGGCGAGAAGUCGUUCUUCGUCAGCAUUUCGUAA